UCAUUUUGGCUUCGACAUCUAGAUGGCAAAAUUUAAAACCCAGUCAAACAUUAUAUUAGAGGUAAAGAACGUGUAAAAAUUUUAUAAAUUAUUUAAAAGUGGGAAAAUACGAGAAGGAAAGAUGACGUACAAAAAGAUUGUGUUUGUGUGCAUGGGCAACUCAUGUAGCUCCCCAAUGGCCGAGGUGAUCAUGCAAAAUCUGAUGGACAAGACAAGCCUCUAUUGGGAAGUGGAUAGUGCUGGUUUGAGGACUUGGAAUACUGGUCGCCGACCCCACAAACGAUGCCUGCAAAUUCUGCGUGAACAUGGACUGAGAUCCGAUCACUUUUGUCGUCAGCUUUCUGCUAACGAUUUUCAAUACUUUGACUACAUUGUGGCCAUGGAAGAGGCUGUUUACAAGGAGCUUUUGCUCUGGGCAAGUGGAAACCGAGACAGCAGGGACUGCCAGGUGCUACUUCUAAGUUCAUUUGGCAAGAAUGGACUGCCCGCUUUCAUAGAGAGUUUGUCACCAACCCGCAAGCUGAAGACCUUCCGUUCUGCCUAUUACCAAAUCAAGGAGUGCUGCAAGCAACUCAUCCUCAGCCAAAAGGUGGACAUUGUCAAGUACGAGCUGCCCAGUUCCGAGGACGAUGAGCUCUACUACGCCAACAAGGAGAGAGCGGAGCGGGAAAGUGUUGGUCCGAUGCCAGAGACGAGCAAACACAGCAAUCUAUUUGUCCUUCCAGCGGAGCUCAGAUCCUCUGCCGGCCAGAUCUCCACAUCCACCAAUGCUUCCUGUUCGCAGAAUUUGCAGAACAUGGGUCUGGUCAACUUCUGCAAUCAGGGAACACAGCGAAAGUUGUGCCAGAAAUGCGGACAGAAAUUUCUGGCAGCACUUUGAGCUUAAGAUCUUUCUUUUUGACUUGCACACAAACUUAAACCAUUUUAAAUACGAAUCAAUCUUGCCCUUAGGUUAUGUAGUGUAUGCUUCUUAAAGAAAAAAUAAAACUGACUGUUAUCCGGCA